UGACUCGUUAUUAAUGCUGUGCGGGUGGUUUUUGGGUCCAAUUCCAAAGUUGACUUGAUUGGCACCAUGGGUGAUUGAGCGGGGGGGGGGGGGGCAGGUUGUCAUCGAGGUUAGAGGGCUGAGUGCGACUUUCAAACUUAUGCAGGGACACGUCAAGGGUGAUGCUAAGCUGACGCGCACACGCUGCCAACAUGCCGACGGACAUGGCGCUGCCCCUCAUCCUGUCCCAGGAGGACUUUGCAUACCGGAGCAGUCCCCGAGACCAGAGCCCCGCCUCCAGAAAGAAGCGGGUGACCUUCGCGGACCACCAAGGCCUGCCCCUCACCAGCGUCAAGGUCUUCUCCCAGUUCAAAGACGCCAUCUAUAUUCCCGCCAGCGUCUUCCUUGCGCCGCCGGCCGACCGGGAUGACGACGACGAGCUGGUCCUGGACUUCGCCCAGCCGGCGUCCGACUACGUGCUGUUCCGCCAGAGUGUGGACAGGAAGUGUGUGUGCCUGGAGAGGUGCGUGCUGAGGGAGCGGACCCUGGCGGGCACGGUCAAGGUCAAGAACUUGUCCUUUGAGAAACGCGUGCGGCUGCGCGUCACUUUCGACUCGUGGGCGAGCCACUCGGACGUGGAGUGCGCCUACGUGCGGGAUUCGUACCAAAGCGCCUCCGCUGACACCUUCUCCUUCAGCUUGAGCCUGCCGCCGCAGCUGCUGGCGCCCCGGCGCCACGUGGAGUUCGCCAUCUGCUACCAGGUGGCUGGCGCCGAGUACUGGGACAGCAACCACGGGCGCAACUACCGCAUCCUCUGGGCCAAGGAUAAGCAGCGGCGGGACGGCGGGCGCCGCUUUGGCACGGGCUUGGACGCCUUCGGCAGCCUCACCUGUGGACGGGGGAUCCUUCCCGAGUGGCCCAGCUACGCCAGCUACGAGAACGUGGGCCCCUACUACUGAAGCCCGAGUGAGCGAGCGAGCGAGCGAGCGAGCGGAGGGGCUGAGCCAAGGAACGAACACAGAUGAAGUGCUCAAACGCUGCUUGCACGCGUGUGCUCAUUGAAACGAAACAAGGUCGCAAUGAAUUUCCGAAAGGAUCCUUGAUAAUAAAGACGAGCUCAUUGAAA